GCAGCAGUGGCGGCUGAAAUGUACGCACUUCCGGUUUUCCCAGCAGCUGCUGUCGCUUCUGACACCUGCCGCGGCCGGGUCUCAGCCCGGGAUUUGGUCACCUUUUCUUCGUUCUCCAUUGCGCCCAUGGUUCCUCCUGGAGCCAGGGCGGCGGGCCCGGCGGCUCCGGCGUGGUGAGAGGCCGGUCCGGGGACGAUGAAGGCCCUGCAUUGCAGCUGCUGCCUCAGCCGCUUUCUGGCGUCCGCCCUCCUGCUGCUGCUACUCCUGCCAGGGUUAAGAGGGCCCAUGGCGGUACUGUUGCAAGCGGCCGAAGCCGCUCGGGACUCCGGACCCUUGGAGCGUGGACCGCGGACCCUGCCCCCACUUCCGCCUGGCCCCACCGCCGCCCGGUCCCCUGGCCGCGCUCAGGCCGAAGCCGCGAGGCCUCGGGGCGCUGAGGGUGGCAAUGGCAGCAGCCCCGGUGCGGGGCUUGAGGCGGAGGACCCAGCCGGGAAGGCGGGGGAAGAAGGUUCAGUGGGUGGCGUUCUCGCUGUGAGCCCCGAUCCCGGCGAGAAGCCCAUGACCCAGCGGGCCCUGACCGUAUUGAUGGUGGUGAGCGGCGCGGUGCUGGUGUACUUCGUCGUCAGGACUGUCAGGAUGCGAAGGAGAAACCGAAAGACGAGGAGAUAUGGAGUUUUGGACACUAACAUAGAAAACAUGGAAUUGACACCUUUAGAGCAGGAUGAUGAGGAAGAUGAUAACACAUUGUUUGAUGCCAAUCAUCCUCGAAGAUAAGAAUGUGCCUUUUGAUGAGAGGAUUUCAUCUUUCUACAUUGAAGAGCAGAAUUUCUAUGUUUAAGGAAUAAGAAGCCACUUUAUCACUUGGGGGGGUAUUUAAGUUACAUAUAUUAUGACAACCUUAAUUUGUUGUUUCAGUAAACACUGCUAUCAUUUGCUAUAUCUUUGUAUGUAUAGAAGUGUUCUUAAGGGGCUUAGAGUUAUUGGCAGUAAACUGUACUAUAAUAGAAAUCUGUUUGAAAAUUAUUUUAAAGCAGUGUUUACUGAUCAGUUUUAUUUUUUGCUUACCAUAUUAUUGUAAACUGUUUUAUAUACUAGUCAGAUAGUGUUUUGUUGUUUUCUUUUUUCUGGUUAGUUAUAUUUUUUUUCCCGGAACUAUAAAUUCCAGCAACUAAGUGGUGUGGAAAAAUAAUUUUAAAAUUUCUUUACCAAGGUAUACUUCCCAUUUUUGUGGGGAGAAGAAGUCAAAUUUAUCACUUUCCUUUUUGUUUUUUUUUAAAUACUAAUAAAUGUCUGAGUUGUAUGCAAAACAAUAAAUAUGAUUUAAAAUUA